AUGAACUUUUUAUAUUUAGUCAGCGCAUUAUUUGCCUUAAUGCAUUUUCCAUCAUAUUCUUCCGCUACAAUGACUAUGAGGGAAGAAUUACUAAAAGCUCAGAAUGAACUUAAUAUUGCCUUUAAAUUUAAUGAACUGCAUUUGAUACAGUUUACGGAUUUGUGGAUGAACAAUUUAACUCUCUUAAGCCAAGAUCACUUUGUACCAGGUUUUUUGAAUGCUCGAUCAACAUUAUUAGACAUAAUUGAGGAAACAUCAUCCUAUAUCAGUUCAUUUGACUCAAGUACUUGUAAGGAUAGAACAGAGCACUUGUGGAAUAGGCAAGCGUCAAUGAUAGGAAUUCGACUCCAAUACUGCAUGAGAAUCACAAAAAGGAUUGUUGGAGAUGAGAUCAAUGACGUAAAUUUACAUAUUCCAAAUGCACAAAGAUUAGUAGUACAUACACCGAAUCAAGGAUUGAACAUAUUAUCACAAAAUUCAAUAUUAGAACCGCCAGGUCACAUUUACAGAUUAAUUAACAAUCGUCUUAGAGAUUUGCUUAGUCGAGCUGUACCCUGGAUUUUAAUAAUGGAUGAGCUUGUAGACUUAUUCUUCCAUCACAUUCACACAGCAGAAAUUAUGGUUCAAAGAUGUCAUGAUUCAAUUGUUGCUGGAUUUCGACAAGAAGCUGAAAAUCAUCGCAACAUGAUUGAAAGUUGUUAA